AUGGAGACACUGUCAUCGUCAUCCUCACUUUCACCGGCGAUAAAUGUCGACCUCGACAAAAUCAGAGCUCUCAAACUCCUCGGAAAAGGCGCCACCGGAACAGUCUUCCUCGUCCACGACUCUGUUUCCGACCCCUCUGCUUCAUCUCCAUUUGCUCUGAAACUCGUCGACAAAUCCUCCGCCUCUUCUCUCCGUCGUGCCAAGUGGGAAAUUCAAAUCCUCCGACGUCUCUCCGAUGACCCAAACCCGAACCCGUUUCUCCCACGUCUCUUAGCUUCCUUCGAAUCCCCUGAAUUCUUCGCUUGGGCCAUACCUUACUGCUCCGGCGGCGAUCUUAACGUCCUCCGUCACCGUCAAAACGACGGCGUUUUUAGCUCCUCCGUUAUUAAAUUCUACUUGGCUGAGAUCAUCUGUGCGCUUGACCACCUUCAUUCCAUGGGGAUCGCUUACAGAGACUUGAAACCAGAGAAUAUUCUCCUUCAAGAAUCGGGUCACGUCACUUUAACCGAUUUCGAUCUCUCUUGUAAUCUUAAUAAACCCACCCGACCCGAAUUCUAUCUGUCCGACCCGGAACCGGAAUCCAAGCACAUCCGUAAAAGAAGUCUGAGAUUUUUCCAGCAGCAGAAGAAGAAGACGAAAUCCGCUCGGGUUAACCCGAUUACCCGGCGGAGAAUGAGUUUUUCCGGCGGCGAGCGGUCGAAUUCAUUCGUCGGAACUGACGAGUACAUAUCGCCGGAGGUAAUUCGCGGCGACGGACAUGAUUUCGCCGUCGAUUGGUGGGCUCUCGGAGUUUUAACGUAUGAGAUGAUGUACGGUGUCACGCCGUUCAAGAGUAGAAGCAAAAAGGAAACUUUUCGUAGCGUGAUGAUGAAAGAACCAGAAUUCGCCGGAAAACCGUCCGAUCUAACCGAUCUGAUCCGUCGAUUGCUGGUGAAAGAUCCCAUGAGGCGGUUAGGUUACCGGCGUGGGGCAGCGGAAAUAAAGGAGCACGCUUUCUUCAGGGGAGUGAAGUGGGACCUGUUAACGGAGGUGUUGAGACCUCCGUUUAUCCCGUUGAGAGAUAACGGAGAGCCAACGGGAAAUGUAACGGCAAAUGGAUUUGGUGUAAAAGAAUAUUUCGAGAAACUGAGAACGCCGCCGUUACCGUUACCGCACGAGUGUUCUGAAAACAAUCGGUUUGUUGAAUUCUGA